AUGACUGAAAUGACAGUUCAAAAACAAAUCUUCACUAAACAAGCUGACGAAAAAAUGAAAAGACGUCUUCAAGCUAUGCCUCCGACAAUGAGGGCACGGCAGUUGAACGUAUUGCAUUUUCAAGAGUUCACUAACGACUACAGGACUAAGCAAAGCCAAUUUCUUUCCGCAGGUAUAAGCGGUUACAUUGUGCUCUUCGCUGAUUUUGGGCCAGAGAAGAAUUGCUACACACCGAUUCGUGAAUGGUUUCAGAAUAAGAAAAAGCGUUUUUGGUCGCUUAGUGAAGAAGAAAAGAACGAAUUGAAAGAACAAGGAAAAUUACACAACGGAAAUUAA